UUUAAACAACCGACAGUGAUAACUAAAUAAACCUAAGCACACAAUGAGUCCAUUUAUUGUAGUAGCUGUUCUUUCCACCUUAGCACUAUCAGCUAAUGCUGGUUUAGCGCCAUUCGCAGCACCACUUGCAGCACCUGCACCAUUGGCAUAUGCUGCAUCUCCUUAUGCUGCUUAUGCUUCCUCGCCUUAUUUUGCUGCACCAGCUGCAUUAUCAGCAGCACCACUUGCAGCAGCACCUCUUCUAUCCGCGCCUGCACCACUUGUUGCCAAAACUUUUGCUGCACCUGCCCCAGUUAUAGCUGCUGCUCCUGCACCGCUCUUUGCUAAGGCUUUUGCCGCUCCAGCACCAAUUGUUGCCGCAGCACCUGCACCGCUUUUUGCUAAGACUUUUGCCGCACCAGCUCCAGUUCUUGCCGCUGCUCCAUUGGCUGCAGCUCCAUUAGCCGCUGCUCCAUUAGCUGCUGCACCAGUUGUUGCUGCUAAAGCCAUUGCCGCACCACUCGCUGCUCCAGUAGCUGCCCCUAUUGCAGCAGAAGUUGUUGAUCCUCAUCCACAAUAUACUUUCGCUUAUGAUGUACAAGACAGUUUGACUGGUGAUUCUAAAACACAAGAAGAAACUCGUGAUGGUGAUAUUGUACGUGGCUCAUACUCUUUAAUUGAACCUGAUGGUUCCCGUCGUAUUGUCAACUACUAUGCUGAUCCCAUCAAUGGUUUCAACGCUGUUGUUCAAAAGGAUGUACCUGUUGCCCCAGUCGUUGCUGCUAAAGCUAUUGCUGCACCAGUCGUAGCGGCACCAGCACCAGUUGUUGCCAACACUUUUGCCGCUCCCAUUGUUGCCUAAACUAGUUUCUUAAAAAAAUAAAGUCGUCAUGUACCUUAAGUCCAAUAUUACAAAAAAAUGUAUCAACAUUGACUGAUCGCAGAGUGAAGAAAUUUCUAAAUCAGAGACGUAAGCAGACGUGAACAGUAAAUUUCAAUAGAGGACCUUCA